AACGACAGAAUGCAGUCUAUGCAAAACAAAAGUUUUUGAAAAGAUUUCCAUUAGGCCCAGGCUCGUGCUAGUACAUUUUCCUCUUUCAAGUACUGUAUGUUCUUGGUAAUUUUUAGUGCAAGUAAUCUUUAAAAAUGCAGUGUGCUAAUACUGUACUUUCUAAGACGAAACAAGUAAUUGAGACACAACGUAUGGAAGUGAACAACUGUAGAGAUUAGGUCUGUCAACUGCAUACUGUAUUAUGUGUGUUUAAGAUAAGCAACAGGUUUUUAAGAAAGUUUGUUUGCAGUACCAUGUUUGAAAUGAGGAUUUAAAAUGCAGGUUAUUGAAUUGUUUCUGCUACCGAUGCAAUAAUGGUUUGAUGCUUGUACAGUUCUUGAUGAUUUUACCGUAGUAUGUAUAUAUUUAGUUACUCCAGUAUCUAGUGCUUCCAGCAAUAUUAAGAUGGCUGAUCUCCAUACGAACACGACCAUGAUGAAAGAGUUGCCAACACCAGAUGAGAUGAAGGCCAUGAUAGUGGACAAGUCACGUGAGCUGUUCCUCAUCUGCGAUACCGAGAACAAAGGUUUCAUCACAAAACGUGACAUGCAACGUCUCGGAAGUGAGCUGCCGUUAAGCCCCGAGCAAUUGGAAGCUGUCUUCGAUUCUCUUGAUGAUGAUGGCAAUGGAUUUCUGACACUUGAAGAAUUUACAGAUGGGUUCGGAGGUUACCUAGGACUCCCUCAAGAGACAGUUGAAGAAGAACAAGUGGAUGGGUUAUUUGAGGCUAAUGAAAACAAAGAAUAUAAUCUUGAUGAAGAUUUCAAAAGAGCAAUGGAAACAAUAGAUGCUUCUGAAGUUCUUCAGAGCAUUGGAGGCGAGUACAGUCAUGAGCUUGCCAGAGAAAUCUGGAUCCAUUUAAAGCAAGACAACCAACCAGACUUGUUGAAUCGUUUUGAAGAUUUUAUGCAGAAAAUAUCAAUGGAUGUGAGAAGGGUACAGCAUGAUACAGACGAGUUAGAGAAUGCAAUGAAAUCUCGGUCAGUAGUGCAUGAUCAAGAGGUCAAGAAACUGUACGAAGAAAUGGAACAUCAGCUAAAGACCGAGAAAGAGAGGAUUGCUGCCGAGGAGCAAGAUAAAGGGCGGAAGGUGGUUAAUGAUUUGUCACAACAGCUUGAGCAGAAAGACGAUGAGAUGAGAGAAUUACUGAUACAGAAAAAGAAGUUGGAGGAAAAAAUGGAAUAUUUGAGUUUAUCUGAGUCGAUUAUGAAGGAAGAAAAUCAACACCUUCAGAAGGAGAAGGAUGUUCUCAGAAGUCAGUUAGAUGAUACACAAGCUAACCUACAAGAACAAAAAUUAUAUUUGAAAGAAGUGAAAAAUACAAUAAGGAGGGACAAAAAGGAAAGAGCAAUGCACACGUUACGGAUGACACAGGGGAUUAAUAAUGAGAGGGAUAGUCUUGUCUAUCAGCUGGAUAUGUUAAGAGAUGUAAAUAAGAAACUUUUAGAUGAAAGGGACGCCUUUGAAGCAGAAUCCAGGGUGUCACAGGAUCCACAGGUCACAACAGAAAACAAAAUCAAUUUGAUUGAGAGGGCGCCAAGUCUGGAGGAGGAAUUGAUGGAGGCAUCUCGUAAGAAUAGACCAAAAAAGAAGAUGGUGAAACAAGGCUCGAUUCUUGCUAAUUAUUUUAAUGACAGUCCUACCAAUACGAGAGCUAAAAGGAAAAAAAUUGGAGGAACAAAAAGAAGAGGAGAAUUAGGAGGGAGUGAAGAGCAGUUGUCGGAGGGGGAAGAGGAUGGGGAGGAGGAUGAAGAGGAUAGAAAUGAGGAAAAAAUUACAGACAAUGAUAGUGAUGACAGUAUUGAGGUAGAUGAAAAUUAUUUCACUCAGACAGCAAUACUGGCACGCACUCAACAGCCAGGUAGCAGUGACUUUAAUGCUAAUUUAAGUGUGCUUACUAGUGAUCCAUUUAGGAAUGUAGAGAAUGCGGAAAUAACGUGCAUGACGAGUACACCACUUCAUUCUGCGAAUGGACACAUAUCGUGCAAGGAUUUACACAUGCAUUCACCAAAUUCAAAUAAAAAUCAAAUACAUAAAUCUUUUGAAAAUGGUGUUGAAGACCGUAACGGAAGUGUUAGAAGUCUUUCAAGUUCACCGAAUGAGAAGAAACUAGGACAUGAAAACCAACAGAGUAGUAGUCACAGUAAGGGAAUAAGGCGUUUACCAAGCCUACCAGUGUCUGAAAACUCUGCUUUCUCAGACCCUAAAACCACCAGGCCAAGACUUCCAACAGGCAGAAGCCAGGAGGCAGAGAGGGUAGAACCUGUAGGCUGUCAGGCUAAAGUUGAUAUGGAAACUGAACUCUUAGAGCAGGUAGGUGUUGAUGCUAUGAUUCCAGAAAGAGUUUUCAAAGUUGUAUUCAUCGGAGACUCUGGAGUUGGCAAGACAACUUUCCUCCAUCGAUUCACAACAGACAGUUUCAAAAACUCAUUCAGUGCAACAAUAGGUGUUGAUUUUAGGAUCAAGGCAGUGAAAGUAGAAAAUAAAAUAGUUGCGUUGCAGCUCUGGGACACGGCGGGACAGGAGCGGUUCCGCAGCAUCACUAAACAGUACUUCCGCAAAGCAGAUGGUAUUGUCGUCAUGUAUGAUGUGAAUUGUGAGGGCUCGUUCCUGAGUGUUCGUAACUGGAUGAACAGUAUUGAGGAGAAUGCAGAAGAUGGAGUAGUGAAGAUGAUGAUUGGUAACAAAACUGACUUGGUUCAGAAACAAGAACUUAAGCCAGUCAAGGAUGAUGUUGCCAGAAAGUUUGCUGAGACAUACAACUGUUCAUUCAUGGAAACCAGUGCAAAAAGUGGUGACAAUGUUUUGAGGGCGAUGUACAUUAUGGCACGAUACCUUCUCGAUAAAGAAGAUAAGGAGAUAGAGAAGUCACUGAAUCUGGUUGAUGAAAGUAUUGAUAGUAAAGGAUGCUGCCCUCUAUAGUUCAUUUCCAAGAUGAUAAGCCUUUUUUUCAAUUACAAUUUUAUCCUUAAUUUCUGUGGAGAUUAAAUUUUAAAAAAAGACCAAAAUAACCUGUUAUGGUCUUUUUCCUGCAUUUUAAAUAUAAGAAUAAUAAAGCAUAUAACUAAAAAAAAUAGAUUUUAUACUUGAGUAGAAAAAAAUUACUUAGGCCUGAGAACCGAUAACAAUUUUAACACUAAACCUGUUGACUGCUAUUAACUACAAAUACACUCAUAUAAUUAUAGUACAGUACAUUGUUAUGCAUGCUACUACGAAUAUUCUUAUGGAUAAUGAAAGCCCUUUGUAUUUACAAUUUAAUAUGCAGGCAUCUCAGUAAGGUCAACAAGUACUUGGCUGGCUGUAGAGAAAAAAUCUAAUUAAAAAAAUGAAAAUUCUUCUCCUCAAAAACUCAUAUGAGAUAUGAGAUGGUUUGUUGUACCGUGUCUGAUGUAUAAGACAGACUAGCAGCUAUACUAAGGCUAUUUUUAAUGAUUAUUAUUUGAAUUGUGUCAAAUUUAUAUAAAGAUAUUCUAUAAUAAAUAAGUCUUCCAAGAAUAUGACUAAUCAAAAUCAUUGUGUUCUAUAGUAGUAGUUAUGAAUACUGUAGGUGAAAAUUUCUCCUAGAAUAUCCAGCAUAUACUCAAUGAUGUUAUCCCCUCUUGAAUCCCCACAGGAAGCCUGAAAUUGAUAACAUGGUUGGCCUAGAACAGGUGGAUGUAAAUAUUACUAGUAAUAGUAUACUGUAGCUAUUGUGCUAAAGGUCUAUUAUGAUCCAACCUACCUCGCAUUUGGGCAUGUAUUGUAUUAUAACAGUAAAUUGGAAUUUUUAUGAUAAUUUAUUGGUAAAUUGUGAAUAGGAUUCAAUUAUUGAACCUAUUUCUGUAGGAUUUUUUUCAGAUAGAUCCAAUUAUUUCUGAUUUUAAUGGCUGCAGUUACAAGCCCAAUAAGAUUAGACAAGACUUUUUUUAUACCUUGUUUCACAAACUUAUUUUUUUAAAGAACGUCAGAGAAGGGCGGGAAAAAAAUAAACUUUGUUUUCUUAUACUAGUUUAUACUAUAAUGGUGCAACAUACAGUAUACAACCAUAACAUACCGGUUACUGAUGUUGCAUUGGUAUAUUUUGGUACUAUACUAAAUUUAUGUUGCACCAAUAUAGUAUAGUAUUAUACUUAGAUAUUAGUACAGGUAUACCAACCAAUCUUCAUACCACCUUUUCAUCUCCAGUACUUCAAAUUUCGAGAAAGCUAUUUUAAUUUGAAAUUUAUAAGUCCUUACUGGAAGUACCAUACCACCUUAUUUUCUAAUUUAUUUUUUUAUCAUCUAUGUUUAUCCCUGUUUUUUUUAAAGUAUGUCAUGCCAAAUUAAAUUGUUAUCUUGUGAGUAAAUAAGGUUUUGUUAGUUCUAUUUUUAGCUUCAUCAGUUGAUCAGAAUAGAUUAAAAUUGAUGUGUAAAGUACCCAGAGAGGCUAUUAUGGAAAUUACAAAGAGGCAUUUUUGAAUUUUGUUAUUUUAUCAUAAAUUGGACCUUGUAAAUUAUUUUGAAAUCAAGAACAAAAUGUGAUGUGUGCAAUAAUAUUUUGACAGGUAAUAUAAAGCAGUAAAUGUAAUUAUUUUGUAAUAUAAGAUACUAUUUUAGAAUUUAUGAGUUGGCUGUUAAUACGGUAUAUACCAAGUACUUGCUUGACUGUACUAAUUAUUAUUAUUCAAUUAUGUUGGUAUUAAUAAAUUAUGGUAAUAUAAAUUGAGGAAGUGCAUACUUCUAAUGAAGAUGUGAUAUUAUCUAUUAUAACGAGAUAACAUUGUAAUAUUAGCCUUAAAUUAAUUUGGUUAUUUUUAUUUCUAUAAGGUUGCCUUGCAGUGAAUGUGGGUUCUAUAUUGUUAUUAGUAAUUUAUAUUCCAAUGUCAUUUUUGCGUCAGGAGAAAUAAUAUGAAUGGUAUGAUUUGUAGUACAGUAAUUUAUACUUUUAAAUAUUAAUUAUUUGAUGAAUUAAUUUAUCGUUUGAAAAUUGUAUUGUUCUUAGAAAUUAAUUUAUCAUUGGUACUGUAUCAGAUUUACUGUAUUUGUUGAUUUAACAGCCAAUUGCUGUAAGUGUAAGUCAGCAUCAAGUUGAUGAAGUCUGGAUGUCGAAUGUAAAUUAACCCUAAGUUCACAGUUAGUUGAAACAAUUAUCGAUACACAAUAUCGAUCUCUUUACUUAAAUCAUCUUUAUUUCCAAAUAGUUUUUUUUUUUAAAGCAUAGUAUAAUAUAUAAACAGUAAAAUCUACCUAAAUCAACUUGAACAGUCAAUCAAUUUAAUAUUAGGUGCCACUAUCAACCAUGAUAUGAUGUCUUCUAAAACAAAUUUUGUAAUUUCUUUGAUGUGUUUUUUUUAAAAGGUAGAUGAAUGCAUCUUGUAAUGUAGAAUUUCAUCAACAUUAUCUUAAUAACAUGCAAAUGGGACGUGCGUUUUCAUUUAUUGAAUCUGUUAUUGAUUUUCAGAUUACAUUGUCCUUCGUCUUCUGAAAAUUCCACUUUAUAAUAAUGUAUUAGUGUAUAUAGAUUUUAAUAAUAGCACAGGAUUAUAUUGGAAUAUGUCUAUUAGUGUUUGUAUUUAACUACUCAUGGAGGGCCAUUGUAGAUGUGAAGUGCUAGUAUUGAAUAGGUUUUCAUCCUACACCAUGCAGAUAGUACAGUACUUGCGCAUUUGAGUUUUCUCAAUCUUUCUGUCUUCUUUAUAUUAAUAUUUUUUCAUUAACAAUAGGCCAAAAAUUGUUGCUUUUUCUUAGCCUCCUGUAUUCGGUUUUGAUACUUCUUUGAAAUUGUAGAGUUUUUUGUUAUUUUAGUAUGUAGGUGAAUAAUGUUCAAAGCUUUAAUUUAUAAUAAAUUUCAUGUUUAGAUGUGCAAUACUUUGUAUAACUUUUAACCAAAAUAUACUAUACUCUGUUAACAUGUAGUUGAGCUGUCCAGCAUAAUUCGAAUUAGUUUCUUGAGUAUUGGAUCAAUUUUUGAUAUGGAUUACUGUUUAGGGAAUAACAUGUGAACUAUGGUUAUUCUAUAGAUUCUUACAAGACCCAAAGACAGGCAUGAUUGACAUGUAAUUUGCUCAACUAAUGGCCAAGUUAAUUUGGUCCACCAUAUUCUCUAAAAAACCCAAUGAAUGUGUUAAUGACUUGAAUUUUGUGAGGUGAAUGCCAAAUAUUAGAUUAUCAUUCAUGGACAAAGCUUACCUCAGAAAUUGCUUACAUAACCAAAACUAGUUAUAAUACAAGAAGGUAUGUAUUCAUAAAUAUGUCAUUGACAUACAGUCAUUGAAAAGACCAAAUGUUUUACAUUUUUGAAUAUCUAUUUUUUCCACCAAACUUGUUUUUUGUUCAAAGUUUAAAGUUUAAAUUUUUAAGAGUAAAACAGGCCUGAUUUUGUGCGAGUCUAUAGCCAUGUAUUUGAUCAGCAAGCCUUGAUAUGUUUAUUUGUUAUAUUCCCCAGCCAAUCCAUGGAACUUUAAACCCAGAAUGUUUAAAUUUUAAAGCAUGAUUGACCGGUUAAUAUUUGAAUGUGGCCUUAGAGUAGUCAUGUGAUUUUUUUUAGAAUGACACUUCUGCUGAUGCUCAUACUGAAUUGUGCUCUCAUAUUUUUAACUUCAGUAUUAUUAAAUUUAUUACAAUAUUAUAUUUUGGUUUUGCUCCUUUGUUUAAUUAUUGAUUUUUUGUAGUUUCAUUUAAUUAUUUAGUGAUAGUAACUUAUUUUUUAAACAAUUAUUUCAUGC